AUGUGCAAGCAGCUCCAGUGGGUUUUCGCGCUCUGCGAUCUGAGAAUUUGCCCAAGACGAGGUAAGGCAGCAAAAAUCAUCGAUGUGAAGCUAUGUGAACUGUUUACCCACCACCCCCCUUUUCGGUCUGCCUUCUGGAAAGUCGGGUUGCCGUAUUGUACAGCAUCCGUUGAACGGCGCGAGAUACCUGCUAAGUGCUACGCUUGUUUUGAAGCGGCAGAGAAAGCAGCGGGUCGAGGUCCUGGAUCGUGGCACGACUACAUAAAGCCCAUUGCUGACGACCUGCAAGUGCCAGAGUUUGUGUGGUUGGUGAACAUCUCACCCUACAUUGACCCUCUUUUCCGCGCUGUGGAUUGGAAGCCAAAACCUCGACGGGUUCCGCUCGAGAGUAGCGAGGUGAGUCCAAGGUCCCAGAGCCCUUUUCCCAACACCCCAGCUGGUGUCUUGAAUGGUGAAUAUGACGCCCGAGACUGGAAACCCGUUGACAAAGACCGCCAGAUCCGCCCAGUGAAUGCCCAAGGCGACCCACCCAUUGCCUACUGGCCUCGCCCAAGAAAGCCG